GAAAAAUGGAUGUAUAAAUCCAUAGAUUAUCUGACUUGCUGUAUAUUCAAUUGAUCAUAAAAGUCUUUAGAAACCACCAAAUCCAUACAGAUACAUAUUUAUAUAUAUUUAAAAAAGAAAACAAAUCCAAAAUCUUGAAUUUACUCGAAGGAUGGAGGCUGCUGCACAAGCAGUUAUCAAGGAUGAAGAAUUUGCACCAUUAGUUGAAACUGUGAAGGAUAAAGAUUAUAGUACCAUUCUUCUCCAUUUACCUGAUUUUAGAAGGGAGAAACUAAACGUCCAGCUGACCGCAGGCGCAAAGUUGAGGGUCAGUGGAGAGAGAGAGGCUGAAAACAAUAAAGUUAUCCGCUUCCAGAAAGAAUUUCGUAUUUCAUCUGAUAUUAACACUAAAAAAAUUGCUGCCAAGUUUGACGGAGGCAUAUUGUACGUUAGACUACCAAAACUCAUCGCUCCAGGAGGCAAGCAAGAUAGCAAAUUGACUAUCCCUGAACGUCCCACACCUCAGAAGCCUGCAGAUCAUAAGCCUGAAUCUUUGAGGCCUACAGAUGAGUCACGAGGAUCCCAGAAGCCUGCAGAUCAUAAGCCUGAAUCUUUGAGACCUACAGAUGAGUCACGAGGAUCCCAGAAGCCUGCAGAUGAGCCACAACAAUCCCAGAAACCUGCAGAUAAGUCUGACAUUUCGAGGCCUACAGAUGAGUCAACAGUAUCCCAGAAGCCUGCAGAUGAGCCACGGCAAUUCCAGAAGCCUGAGGAUGAGGCACGACCUCAGGAGACUGUUCAGCAGAAAACUGCAGACAAAACCAGUCCAAUAGAUGGUCCAUCUAAGCAGACUGAUGUUCAAGAUGUUACUCAGAAGAAGCCAGAGAAAGAAGAAGCAAAGGCUGCAGAUAUGAAGGACAAAGGAACUAGUGAAACUGUGGACGGAAGUGGAAAAACAAGUGUAGAUAACUACAACCAAUCUGCAGUUGAUCCGGCAGCAAAACUGAAGAUGUCAAGGAGAGCAAUGGAUGUGGCUGUGGUUGUUCUAUUGGCUGUUGUAAUUGGCCUAUACAUCAUUAAUUGCCUCAGGUGUUUCAGGAGGACAACUGAAGACUAAGGCUAAUAUAUUUGCUGUAUCGUGAUUUGCUCUUGUACUUGUGUUUGUAUAAUUCUGGAUCAAUACCUGUAUUUUUCUGACCCUAGAAAUGAAUAAAAGAUUCUAGAAUUGCAUUUCAUUGAUUA